AUGAAUCGUAAUGAAAUUUCUAGUUUAUUAGAUUUAUCUUCAGAAAGUUCGUUUGACGAUACUGACGAAGAUCCCAACUGGAAUGAUGAAGAUGUGUACAGUAGUUCCGAGGAUGAGUCUUCUGCUUCUCCUGUGAUGCGUGGAGAUGGUAAUGAUUGGAAUAAUGUUAUAGACGAACAACCAAAUUCUAAUGUAAUUUAUAAUCCAAAUAAUGAAUGUGUUGGGAUAAAUGAGGAUAUUGUUGAAACAAUGAUUGACUGUAGCCCUUAUGAUUUUUUUGCAUUAUUUUUUGAUGACGAAGUUUUAAAACUUAUAGUACUCGAGACUAAUCGGUAUGCAAAUGAUAAAAGAAAUUCAUGCAAUCUAUCUCGUAAUGCUCGAAUAAAAAAGUGGAAAGAAACCGAUGUAAAAGAAAUUAAAACUUUUUUCGGUUUAGUUAUAUGGAUGGGAUUGGAUAAAAUGCCUACCAUAGGCCUUUAUUGGAGAAAUACAACGUUAUUUUCGAGCAACAUUCCUCAAUAUAUGUCGAAAACCCGUUUUGAAUUACUACUAAGUGUAUUACAUUUUUCUGAUAAUAAUACAGCUACAUCUUAUAACCGUUUGUAUAAAAUUCAACCACUUAUUGAUUUGCUUGUCUAUAAAUUUAAUGCAGCACUUAUACCUAAUGAUUCAAUGUGUAUUGAUGAGUCAAUGGUUCCGUUUUCGGGACGACUUGGAAAAGAAGCUUCCGACAAUACUUCAGUUGCUACUAAAGUGGUGUUUGAACUAUUAUCGGACUACUUAGAUUUUGGACGAACUUUAUAUGCCGAUAAUUGGUACAACAGUAUAGACCUUGCUGAAAAAUUAUUGGAUAGAAAUACUCAUUUGGUGGGAACUUUACGAAAAAACAGAAAACGGAUUCCAAAAGAAAUAGUGACAACAAAAUUGAAAAGAGGUGAAAUGAUAGCUAAACAGAAUGGCCUUGGUGUAACAGUUCUAAAAUGGAAAGAUAGAAGAGAUGUUCUCAUGAUUUCAACUAAACAUGGAUUGAUUGAUGUAAGUGAUCAGAUAGGUGCUUACCACACCUGUUUGCGUAAAGGAGUAAAAUGGUAUCGUAAAGUAGCCUUUGACAUAAUAUGUAAUACAGCAGUAGUAAAUGCAUUUAGUCUUUACAAAGCAGUCACCAAUAACAACAAAUCUAUUACACAAUUUAGAGAAGACAUUGCUCUCGACAUGGUUAAAAAAAAAGAGGUCAACUCGCAACAAACAUCUACAAUUAUACCACACCAUACUUUAGUCAAAGAUAAAAAAAGGGCAAGAUGCUAUGGAUGUUACAGGCAAUGUUGCCGUGAAGAAGAAGAAAUUAAUCCUCUUGAAUGGUCUCCUGGGAUUUUAAAACCAGCCAAAAAGUAUGACUCUUUUGUUAAAAUCAUGGAGCCACAAGAAGCUGCACUUAACAUGUUUGGUAGUCCAACUUUAUCAAUAUCGCCGUUAACGAAAUCUUACAUUUCAAAUUUAACCUCACUGCCUACGCCAGAAAAAGUCCAGAGACAAAAAAAAUCGAUUCUUUCUCCAACAAAACAAUUCAUAAGACUUAAAAAAAGAUGUAAGCGACUGGAAAAAUUAUUAAAAAUUAAAAGAUCAGCUAUCAGUUUGUUAAAAAAGAAAAAUUUAUCAAAUAAAAAAAAGAAAAUAAACAUCCAACACUUUUUACAAGAAAUUAAAUUUUCUUCAAUAAGUUCAAAAUCAUUAGUUUCCAUGCAAAUAAACCAUAAGAAGCGUAAACCAUGGACCAUAAACGAAAAAAAAUUAGCUUUGUCCAUUUAUUACAAGUCUCCAUCUACUUAUGAAUACAUGCGCAAGAAUAAAAUUUUAUUACCUGGUGCGAGUACUGUACGUCGUUGGCUAAACUCAAUAAAUUUUAGUACUGGGUUUUCAUCAAAAUAUAUGGAGCAAAUUCAACUUAAAGUUUCUUUUAUGUCUUAUCAAGAAAAACAAUGUGUUGUUUUACUCGACGAAAUAUCAAUAAUGAAAUCUAUCGAAUAUAAUAAAUCAAAAGAUGAAAUCGAAGGCUAUGAAGAUCUUGGUACAUUAGGUAGAACAGACAAAAUCGGAUCGCAUGCCUUAGUUAUAAUGAAAAACGGUUAUAAUAAAAAUCCAACUGCUCGAACAUUUCGAUGUUGUUUUGGGACCAUUUGUACGUAUAGUUUAAUGAAAUGUUCUGAAAAAUGCAAUUGCGAAGACGAUGAUGACGAAUUUUUGAAUGUAAAUGUUUUGAAAGAUAUUCAAAUAGAAACGAAUUUAAAUGAAGAUGAUACAACCAAAUUAAAUGACGAAAUUAUUAAUAUUACUACUGCAGGAACUGAAUUAAGUUAUUCCUCGUUAAGUCCUAUAUCAGAACCAAGUCCUGUUCUGAAUUCAAACAACUCAUUAGAAAAUUGUUCUAUUGUGUAUUUUGCUGGAUAUAUUGCUAAGCGAUGUAUAGAAAUGUUCAAGUGUGUUAAAUGUGAAGAAUCAUUAAUUCUAAAGUCACAAUACCUUCAAGAUUCAAAUCAAUUACUUCUAUUACAUAAAACAUACAGUGAUAGUAAAGGUAUUGAAGGGCUUAAAAAUCCAUCAAAACUAAUGAUAUGUAUCACAAAAAGCUUAAAGAUAUUUAAAGAAUGCAAAUGGACAAAUUCUGAUUUACACAAUAAAGCAGUUCAACAUGUGGCAAAAUUGCGGAUUCUACAACACAACUAA